AUGAAGGAGCCUAUCAGCGUUGAAGAACUCUGUCAAGGCCUCCCUGCCAAAUUCGCCAAGAACGUGAGCGAUAUUCACGGCCUGGAACAGAGACGCCGGCCUGGCUAUCUCUGUUUGCGAAAACUCUUCAACGAUCUCUCCGUUGUCAAGGUUUUUCAGAAUGAAAAUGUCUUUGACUGGACGAUCCGGGAGCUUCCACGGACGGAAGCAGGCAGCCGAAGCCCAGUGGUUGCCAACGGCGAGGGGAAGAUAAUGCAUGACGGCCGAGGUUCAGACCAGACCCAGAGGAUCACCACGACUGAACGACAGAAGUUACGGGCCAAGAGGCAGGAAGAUGCCGAAGAGAAAUCGAUUGGCCUUGGAAAGUCCAUGCGCGGAAAAGUCAACGCUGAAGAAGGGUCAUAG